UAGCCAUUUUGGCACCCAACGCAUCCAAAAUGUCAAGUUUGUUGUCCCAUUGUCCAUAUUGGGUGUAAACAAGGUAUAUAACUACAGACCUCCCGACAAUACCCAUUCCCUUAAUCUAUCGCAGCACAGGCUUCGACAGGCAACAAUGGCUCCUCUGGAUGAACGCCACCCCAAAAAGAGAGACAGGACUAACGAAAAUUUUGACAAAGCAGCGAAAAAUUUAUUAUCGCGAUGUGACCAAAUCAGGCAACGAUACGGCGCAGACGUAUACAUUCAAGUCCGUCGUAUGCAUAAAUACUAUGAGUAUACUUCCUCGAAUGAGCCAUCGUGGCCGAAGACCAAGGCGGAGAUGGAAAGAACGUACCCUGUCCCUGUGAUGAGAACUCCUCUAGACUUUGCAAGUAGACGAAACCGUGUCCCGACCAACCGCCCCUCAUCUACGACGCGUAGACUCAGUGGGGUCGCCGCUGGAAAAGAUGGCGCCCAACAUGGCCCUGAAGAUAGAAUGCCAAAAGUAGACAGUCGUAAGGUCCAGAUACAGACACACUAUAUUGAAGAAUAUCCAUGCGGCGACCUAAUGGAGGUAGGGGCGAGAACUCAUGAAGAUACAGCACACAGUAUGAAGAAUGGUAGCUCGUAAAGCGAUAGUUGUGUAAUAGCAAACUUGAUUCCCCAUAGUGAAGGCGCUUCUGCAAUCAGUCGCCGCCGAAAAAUUUCCUAAGCGGACUUUUCCAUCUGGGGUUUCAAAAGCCUGACAAUGUGAUUUUUACAUUUAACGAUGUAGUUUUCAAAACAUGCUGCUCAAUCUGAAUUACGGAAAAUCUGUCUCUUGUUUGCGUGAAGAAACAGGGCUCGACUUGAAUAACCCGGUAGUCCAGCGCAGCAGCGAGAUAGAACAACUAUCGCCUGGGAGAGAGCCGGUCUGGGCCUAGAUGCAAAAGCGGAGGUUUUUCUGCAUGUGCCU